AUGACCGCUGCGGGAGUCUCUCAUCCCAGUUCGCCGCGCCUCCCCAGCCCUCCGCCCUUCACCGAGGUUCAGAUUGGCCCCAAGUCGCCGUUGAUCGGCGACACGCUUGGGAAAGAUGCAGAGGAAUUACUAGGUGUAUCGCCGGCUGAUGAACGGCGGAUUCGACCGGGGACAAAGGCCGUGGACAUGGCGGCCGGUCCUCCGCUGAUUCCCCUUUCGCAGCUGGACUCCCCCUUUCAACUGCAAGAACACCUCAAAGCGCUUUACAACCAUUACACCCGGCCCGAAGGUUCCGACACGGUAGUCCCGAUCACGCGGCAGGUCGCCGCGAAGCUGGCGGAGCCGCCCGAGGGCGUCGACCGGUCGCUCUGGCUCUACGAGCUGUGUCGAUUCCUAACAAUGAAGGUGAACAACUUGGUCACCGCGUUCUUCGCCGAAGACCCGCCCUGUUCGUCGCAGACGUGCCCGGAGAUGCGCGCGUCGGAAUGGCAGUACCUGUGCGCCGUGCACGACCCUCCCAAAUCCUGCUGCGCCAUCGACUACUGCUGCCACACACUCGACUGGGCGACCAACAUUCUUACCUCGACUCGGCUGUUUCCUAGCCGGCUGGCGCUGGGCGGGCCUGAAGCCGGUAGUGGGCCCCAGGCCAUGCGCCACCUGACCAACAUCUUCCGACGCCUGUAUCGCAUCUUUGCGCACGCGUGGUUCCAGCAUCGCGAAGUGUUCUGGCAGGUCGAGGGCCACGACGGGCUGUACAUCUUCUUCAAGACCGUCUGCGACAUGUAUGCGCUCAUACCCGAGGACAAUUACACCGUGCCCCCGGAGGCUGAGGGCAUCGACCCGGCCAAGCCCCACCCGGCGCAGGAGCAGCCGGAUGCGCGUCGCAUCACGAUCCUGCGCAAGGAGCCCGAGGGGUCGUUCUCGGGGUCGCUUGAGAAUAUAGAGAACUCGUCGAUCAGCACGGGGGCUACCACGCGUCGACACAAGAACAGCCCGUCCAUCAACUCCCGCGUCACCACCAUCAGCGAGAGCGCCGAAGACGAAGACGUGCCACAGCGACCAUCUGCUCCGCAGGAGCCAGCUCCUCAGAGCAGCGAAUCCCCCGCCCCCGCCGCAGCUGUUGAGGAGACCUCAGAACCGGCGGAAUCCACGGCGUCGGAGCCCGAGGGUGCCCAGAUCACUGUGGCGGAGGUCCUCGUGGAGGAAGCGGUUCCAGAGGGUGAGAAGCCGGCCGACACCGAGUCGCCGCAGGAAACACAGGCGGAACCAACGCAGCCGGCUGCAGAACACACGGAGGACGCUCCAAAGACGAAGCCAGAACAGCCGGAGGGUACCGCAGAGACGAAUCUGCCGUCUGAAGCUCCAGUGACGGAGUCAGAGCCGCCGUCCGAACCGAAGCAGACCGACUUGAAGCCGACCGACUCAAAGCUGACCGACUCGGACGCCACACCGGAGACCGAGUUUGCGCCUGAAUCUGCGCCUGAAUCUGCGCCUGAAUCUGCGCCUGAAUCUGAGUCUGCGCCCAAAUCUGCGCCCGAAUCUACGCCUGAAACCGAAGCUAAGCCUGAAGUUACGCUUGAAAAUACCUCCGAGGGUACUCCUGAAGCUACACCAGAAGUCACUCCUGAAGUGACGCCUGAAGUUUCACCAGAGGUUUCGCCCGAAGUUAAGAAUGAAGUCACGCCUGAAAAUUCGCCCAAAGGUUCGCCUAAAAUCAAACCUGUAUCCGAACCCGAGACCAAAUCUACCUCCGAGCCCCAGCCGGAGCCCGAACCGGCAAAGGAGGCAUAA